AUGGAGGUAGUGAACGAAAUAGGGGUGGAGAAGGAAAGAGCAGCCAGCAAGGGUAUUAACAUGGGUACUAACAAGGGUGCUACCAAAGGAGUGGUAUUCAGCAAUGGAGAGUGCUGGAAACAGCUCCGUCGCUUCUCAAUUACGACCCUCCGGAAUUUUGGCAUGGGGAAAAGGGGCAUUGAAGAAAGGAUACAAGAGGAGGCUCAUUGCCUUGUGGAAACAUUUAAGGAGAUGAAUGGAACUCCCUUCAACCCAACUUACUACUUUAGUCAGGUGGCUGCCAACGUUAUCUGCUCCAUAAUAUUUGGGAACAGGUACAGCUAUGGAGAUCCUGAGUUCCGCAGGCUCAUGCACAUCAUCGAUGACAUAUUUCGGGCUAUGACCUCAUUCUGGGGCCAGCUGUAUGAUAUGUUUGACAUGCUGAUGAGGCAUAUACCAGGACCCCAUCACAAAAUAACUAAGUAUGGAUACCAACUGGAUGAGUUUGUCAAAGAGAGGAUGGAGAUUGAUCGAAAGACAUUGGAUCCAAGUAGUCCACGACACUUGAUCGAUAGUUUUCUUAUCAGAAUGGAAGAGGAAAAGCAAAAUCCAUCUACACAAUUCAACAUAAAGAAUUUUUAUACAAACACUACAGUUUUGUUUAUUGCUGGGACAGAAACAAUAAGUACAACGCUGAGACAUGCAUUUCUACUGCUACUGAAGUACCCCGACAUCAGAAGUAAAGUACAAAAGGAAAUUGAUCAAGUGAUUGGCAGGCAGCGAGCCCCUGAGUCAGAAGAUCGUGAGUCUAUGCCAUACACAGUUGCCGUCAUCCAUGAGAUCCAACGUUAUGCCAAUGUGCUGCCCAUGAACCUUCCACAUGCAGUCUCUAGGGAUUUUAAAUUCCGUGGAUUUACCCUUCCUCAGGGUACAGAUGUAUUCCCCAUCCUGGCAUUCGUUCUCCAAGAUCCAAAAUACUUUCCUGAUCCAUUUAACUUUAACCCUGAUCGGUUCUUAGAUCAAAAUGGAAGUUUUAAGAAGAAUGAUGCCUUCCUGGUAUUUUCUGCAGGAAAGCGAGUCUGCAUUGGGGAGGGAAUGGCCCGACUUGAAAUGUUCAUCUUCCUUACCACACUUUUGCAGAACUUUGAUAUAACGUCCCCCAUAGAUCUCAAAGACUUGGACAUCACACCACAAAUGGUUGGCUUCUCUAAUGUUCCCCGUCCUUACCAGAUCAGCUUCAUCCCACGCUGAAUAAAAAGCAUCAAGA